CAGUAAAUUAAUGUUUUAUCUAAAAUCGUAGUGCACAAUUUUUAAAAGGAAACGUGUUCAAAGUGUGUACAAAGGUUAACUAGUUGGACGUACAAUGAACGCAUGCGUAUAUUUUUUGUUGUAAUUGGGGAUAUAUACCACUGAAACAUCAUGUUGCGAAUACUACGUAGAAUACAUCCUCAAAUUAAUCAAUAUCCUCAAAUUACAAAUCUAGUCAAACGGUUGUCUCACAUACAAUGCGAGGAACCACCACCGCAGAUAGAACUUCCCAAGGAAUCAAUGGAACGUCCACUCCCAUCAUUCGAAUCCCAUGCAAAUAUGAAAACUAUUAUACCAGUAUUUAAAAAAAGUACCUUGUACUUCGAUCGUGUAGCGUUAAAAGAUCAACACGGGAAAUACAGUUAUUACAGCUUAGGAAAAGGAACAGAAAUUGUUUCAAAACUAAUAACGGACGCACUUAGUGGCAAAACUGGCGAACGUGUUGUUUUUCUUACUCCAAAUGAUGCAUAUUAUGUAUUGACUUUAUGGGGAAUUUGGUGUUCAGGCCAAAUAGCAGUACCUCUAUCGCCCUUACAUCCAGCAGAUUUAAUUAAAUAUUAUGUAAAAGAUUGCAAAGCAUCGUUAAUUAUAACAACACCCAAAUAUGCUGAUCUAAUGGAUGAUGUUUCGAAAGAAACCAAAACACAAUUAAUUGUUAUUGAUGAUUCAAUACGGCGGAAUUCAAUGUAUGAAACUCCAAAUUUAUCCAGUUUAAUUUGCCCAGAUACCGUUACUGAGAUCGGUAAACCAAUUGAGUUUUAUGAGAAUCGACGUGCGUUAAUUAUUUACACAAGUGGAACAACUGGAAAUCCAAAAGGUGUGGUAUUAACUCAUAAAAAUAUUCAAGCCCAAAUAUUGUCAUUAAUUAAAGCAUGGAAUUGGACUCAUGAUGAUUGUAUAUUGCACACAUUACCUUUACACCACAUUCAUGGAAUUGUAAAUGUUUUAUUAUGUCCAUUGUAUGUGGGGGCUAAAUGUGUAAUGCUACCAAAAUUUGAGGUAAAUAGUGUAUGGUCAAAUUUACUUGGAAUCAAUGUACGACCUGAAGAUCGUGUCAAUAUUUACAUGGGAGUACCAACAAUUUACACAAAACUUUUACAAGAGUACGAUAAAAUAUUUCGAACGAAUACUAAAAUGGCUGAAUACGUGUUACAAACAUUAAAACAGCGAAUAAGAUUAAUGGUUUCUGGUUCAGCUCCAUUACCCGCACCAAUAUUUAAACGAUGGUUUGAUAUAUCAGGACAUCGAUUGUUGGAACGUUAUGGAAUGAGUGAAACUGGAAUGAUGUUAAGUAACUUUUACAACGAUAAAAUGGUUAAUAUUGCAUAUUCAAUUAAUGUACCUGAUAAAGACAAAGACGCCAAAAAAGAAGGAGAAGCGAAAGAUGAUGUUUCUCCGAUAACACGAGAAAUACAACUUAAUUCAAAACCAUUAGUUAGAGAACCAGGGUAUGUAGGAUUACCUUUACCGGGAGUGAAGAUACGUUUAGGAGAGAAAUUACAUGGAAUUGAAUAUAGAACACUUUUAGAAUGUGAUGGGGGAACUUUUGAGAAACCAAAUAUAGUAUUUACUUAUUUUGAUGAUGAAAUCGAAAAAUUAAUAUCACAUACAGAACAAUUAAUCGCUAACAAUAAGCAAGAAAUUUCCCAAGAUAAUGAAGACUAUCCAGUUGGUGAAAUUUUGGUACAAGGUGAUACAUUAUUCAAAGAAUAUUUUGGAAAAAUUGUGGAAACAAAAUUAGAAUUUACCAAAGAUGGAUGGUUUCGAACGGGCGAUACAGCCAUGUACGAUCCUAGAAAAAAAUUAUUUAAAAUAAUGGGACGAACAAGUGUGGAUAUAAUCAAGAGUGGAGGAUAUAAAAUAAGUUCGUUACACAUAGAAACAAUUAUUCUAGAACACCCAGAAAUUAAAGAAACUGCCGUAGUUGGUAUUCCGGACAAUAUGUUUGGUGAAAAAGUAGCAGCUAUUGUUGUGUUGAAAAAUGAUCAAUUAAAUUCAGUUCCAGCGGGUUUUGGCGAAUGGCUUAAAUCGAAAUUAGCUGAAUAUUCACUACCGCGUAUUGUACGAGUAACCGAUGAAUUACCACGAAAUGCAAUGGGCAAAAUAAACAAAAAGGAACUUGCAAAACAAAUAUUUCCUGAUUAUAUGAAAGGAAAGCUUGAAAAAGUCAAUUAAAAAUUUAUUGUUGAGAUUUUGUCGAUUUUAUGUUCUUGUUUU